UUUUAAAUCCCUGAAGACCAUUUACCGCGAUCUCACUUUCCAAACCCCAAAACAAGGCAUUCACACUCUCUGUGCCUGUGCCACUCUCUUUUUUCUUUCCGAUCAUCGGAUUCCUCCGUUUCUGUAGAUCUGAAACAGUAUCUGAGUCACCGACAAUGGCUAUUUCCGUGCAAAACCUCUUAAAAGAACGCAGGUAUCCUUUCAUUGUAUCUCUCCUCCUCCUACUCCUCUUCGUCGCCUUCUUCGUCCUAACCACCAACACCUCCCAACCACCUCCUCUCUACCAUCUCCCUCAAUCUUCUACUCAUCCUUCAAUCUCACAAAACAUCCCUAGCAAGGCGCGGACGCCCCCUCUACGAGAAAUAGAUGGUAAGAUUAGCAAUAGUUCGGUAGAUCCUGAUUCGGAUGAUAGUGAUAGUGGUGAGGACUUGGUAAUCGACUGGAAGGCAUGUCCAGGUCCACUGGCGGUGGAUUACAUACCGUGUUUGGAUAACUGGAAGGCGAUAAAAUCUUUGAAAUCGAGAAGGCAUAUGGAGCAUCGAGAACGACAUUGCCCAAAACCUAACCCUCGGUGUUUGAUUCCGCUGCCUGAUGGAUACAAGGUGCCAGUUCCUUGGCCUAAAAGUAGGGACAUGAUAUGGUUUGACAACGUCCCACACCUUAAGCUUGUUGAAUACAAGAAAGAACAAAACUGGGUGAAAACAUCUGGUGAAUAUCUUCUUUUCCCUGGUGGAGGCACUCAAUUCAAGGAAGGAGUUACUCAUUACAUCCAAUACAUAGAAAAGAAUCUGCCAAAAAUUGGUUGGGGAAAACGCACAAGGGUGAUUCUUGAUGUUGGUUGUGGUGUUGCUAGCUUUGGUGGAUAUUUACUAGACAAAGAUGUGAUAACAAUGUCAUUUGCUCCAAAAGAUGAACAUGAAGCUCAAAUACAAUUUGCUUUGGAAAGAGGAAUUCCAGCCACUCUUUCAGUAAUCGGAACUCAAAGACUCACAUUCCCUGAUAAUGCCUUUGAUUUGAUUCACUGUGCACGUUGCAGAGUGCACUGGGAUGGAGAUGGUGGAAAACCAUUGUUGGAGUUAAACAGGAUUCUAAGGCCUGGGGGUGUUUUUAUCUGGUCUGCUACACCAGUCUAUCGUGAUGAUGAAAGAGAUAAAAAAGUUUGGGAAUCCAUGGUAGCUCUGACUGAAUCUAUUUGCUGGAAAGUAGUGGCAAAAAGCUUUGAUUCCUCUGGAAUAGGGUUGGUUAUAUAUGAGAAGCCUGUUUCUUCUUCCUGCUAUGAAUCACGUAAAGUAAACAAUCCACCUGUAUGUGAUGAGGAUGCACAUGCAAAAACUUCAUGGUAUACACCCCUUGAUGGCUGUAUUUCAAGAAUCCCAACAACAACCACAUGGCCUACACCAUGGCCCCAAAGGCUCAAAACCAAACCAGAUGGUUUACCAAACUUUCAUGAGGAUACCAGAAAAUGGUCUGAAAUUGUUACAAAUGUGUACCUUGAAAACCUGGGGGUAAACUGGUCAAAUGUGAGGAAUGUGAUGGAUAUGAAUGCUGGUUAUGGAGGGUUUGCUGCUGCUUCGACGGAUCUACCUCUAUGGGUGAUGAAUGUUGUCCCUGUUAACAUGCCAGAUACAUUGCCUGUAAUAUUUGAUAGAGGGUUGAUUGGUAUUUACCAUGAUUGGUGUGAAUCACUCAAUACGUAUCCUAGAAGUUAUGAUCUUCUUCAUUCUAGUUUCCUGUUUGGCAACCUAACACACAGGUGUGAGAUGUUGGAUAGUGCAGUGGAAAUGGAUCGCAUAUUAAGACCAGCUUACAUCAGCAACGAUUUCUGGUUGCUAGGAAAGGUUUCUGGCGUCCAAAUUGAUAUUUUCAAAAUUAAAAGGUUUUUGUUUAUUUAUAUGAAAUAG